UGCGAAAGCCAACGCAAAUGGUGUUAAAAUGGUUCGAAGUGCUACAUUAAGGCAUUCAAUUAUCUUUGAAAUCAGUCAACAUGGACCAUCGUGGGCCCGUACUUGCUUCUUUAAAAAAAGUAAGAACCAGAAAGUUGUGCAUGUGUAG